CCUCAUCGAGGUUCCCCCCUCUCUGCUCCGCAUCGUCGCGCCGCGAACUGGAUGUUUUGGUAAAAAAAUACGGUAUCGAAAAGGGACGUGAACACGUUUUACACAUGACGCCCGGAGCGAGCGGGGCCUAAAGCGGCGCGGCGGCGGGAAGAGGCGCGUGUGCGGCGACGGUUUCCGCUCAACUCGACAUCUCGUAUUCCUCCGCAUGUCCGCUUUCUUCGUAGAUGGUCUCCAGCGAGCGUGUGUCUGGCGGAGGACGACGAGUCCUCGACGAAUAACAUGAAGGAGAUGAUUGGGGGUUGCUGCGUGUGCUCCGACGAGCGAGGCUGGGCUGAAAACCCGCUGGUGUACUGCGACGGACACGGCUGCAACGUAGCCGUGCACCAAGCUUGCUAUGGCAUUGUACAGGUACCCACUGGUCCUUGGUUCUGUAGAAAGUGUGAAUCUCAAGAGAGAGCUGCCCGUGUGAGAUGUGAGCUGUGUCCCCACAAAGAUGGAGCACUGAAGAGGACAGACAACGGAGGGUGGGCCCACGUAGUUUGUGCCCUUUACAUACCUGAGGUUGAGUUUGCGAAUGUGUCAACUAUGGAGCCUAUAGUUCUCCAGUCUGUGCCACAGGAGCGCUACAACAAGACAUGUUAUAUCUGUGAGGACCAGGGCAGAGAGAGUAAAGCAGCCACUGGAGCCUGUAUGACCUGCAACAAACAUGGCUGCAGACAGGCCUUCCAUGUCACAUGUGCCCAGUUUGCAGGGCUUUUAUGUGAGGAACAAGGAUCUGAUGCAGACAACGUCAAGUACUGUGGAUACUGCAAAUACCACCACAGCAAAUUGCGAAGGAGCAGGGGCCGGGGUAGUAUGUCUCAAUGCUUAAGUGACUCUUCCUCUGAGUGUAUGGAUAGACCCCGAGAGAAGGACAAGAAGAAACACAAGGAGCGAGAUAGGCACAAACCAAAACACAAGAAGGCCCCCAUGGACAUGUCUCCAUCCCUCGUCCUUCCAAAUAUCAUGGUCCCAGACAAGACCUUCAACAGCAGCAGCUCAGGGGUAGGCGUGCCCUCCCUGUCAGCCGCGCAGAAGCGGCUCGAUGACAGCACUGCUCGUUUCACCAACGCCAACUUUCAGGAAGUGUCUGCCGUGCUCUCCAGCGGCGGCUCCAAAGAUGGCCUGGCUGCAGAGACUGGGAAAACGGCGGCUGAGGUAAAGAGUAAGAAGAACAGCGGUGGGAGUCACACGGUGGGACAGAGGGGCGGCCGCAAGUCUCUCACCUCCUCAGGGAAACCCCUUCCCUCCGCCGUGGUCACCAUGGCAACUUCCUCCACAUCUGCCUCUGCUUCCACUGGGCCUUUCCACCAAGGCCUCCUGUUGACUAGUGCCAGCAAGACCCCUUCUGCCCCUUCCUCCUCAGACUUCCUGAGUUUCUCUGACUCAUCCUUGCGUUCCGGGGGUGGAACUACCUUUUCCUCGCCACCAUCGUUCAGCAGUUGCCUUGUGAAGCCGAGCUCGGAAAGUGGAACUUCAGAGGGAACUACGCCACUUUUUGGUUCUCUUGUGUCAGCUACUACAGCUUCUGCAGUGGGUGGGAAGCUGUAUGAGAAUUCCCACAGCCACACUGCAAGCGAGACGACAAGCCUCAGUGGGUCCACUGGAUAUAAACGGCCCCUGCCCUCUGGUCCGGGGCCAGGCAUCGGCGGAGCAGUGACGGGAGGAGGGGAAGAUGGGGUGAAGAAGAAAAAGAAGGGCAACUGGCGAAACAGAUUUGGACCUUGCUUCACUACGGAUGUGAAGCCCUCAGAGCCAGCUCCCUCCCUGACUCUACCUACCUCCUCCACAGCCAACACCUCCACCUCCUCCCCCUCGCCCUCUUCAUCCUCGGCGCUCUCAGGCCGGCCGGGCUUAGUCUCCACCAGUGGAUUAGGAGUGGGAGUCGGAGGAGGUGCAGGAGGAGGUGCAGGAGAGAGGGGGCUUGGGGUCAUGGGUGUCAGCGGUGGGAUUCAAAAGUCCCCGUCACUCCUCAGGAAUGGGAGUCUGCAAAGCAGCAGCAGCUCCACAAGCACUGGGCCAGGUGUUUUCUCUGGUGCUGAUGGGUCAUCGACGGGGACAGGGGCGCUCACCGUGGGCGUGUCCAGCUCAGAGUUGUCCCAGCAACAGCAGCCCACGCCCUCUCUUCCCCCUCCCUCUCCAUUCACUGCCACCGCUCCGCUAACCAGCACAGCCUCCCCACACGUGAGCGGUAUGCAGGGGUCCGUCUUCAACCUUGCUCCCUCCCACAUGUUUGGCAACAGGCUGAACCCCAACUCGGCCAUGGCAGCGCUCAUCGCCCAGUCUGAGGCCUCACCAGCAGGUAUGCAAACCUAUUUGUGUGUGUACGUGCUUGUCACAAAACUAUGCAUGUGUUUCAGAGAGAAGGAGAGGGAGAUAAUGGAUAGGUCACGCCCCUUGGUCCCUAGGAGAGGUCAAGGGUCAGCACUCGUGAUAUUUUCUAACUCCACCCGCACGGCUCCGGUUACACACAUCGAUCGUUCCACUCUGUCUCACCCUUACUCUCUGGGCGGGGGGGAGGCGGGUGGGGAGACGCCGCUCCCAGUGGCCACCAGCAUAGAGCAGCUCCUGGAGCGGCAGUGGAACGAAGGGCAGAGCUUCCUGCUGCAGCAGGGAGGGCAAGGAGACGUGGUGGGGAUGUUGAAGUCGCUCCACCAGCUUCAGGAGGAGAACCGGAGGUUGGAGGAGCAGAUCAAAACUCUGACUAUGAAGAAAGAGAGACUGCAGCUUCUCAGCGCUCAGCUAUCAGUGCCUUUCACUCCCACCACAGCCUGCUCUGAUAUGAAAGGAGCCCAGCUUGGAGGCACCGACUCAUCACUACCUGUUGCUGCUCAGGACAGUACGUCUUGUGGAGGCCACAGCAGUAGUGGCUCCACCUCCUCCCUCUCCACGCCUCCCUCCGUCUCCCAGAGCCCGCCCCAGCCUCAGCUCAAUGGAGUCUCUGCUGUGGGGGCAAACCCGGCCGGGCAUGGCGGAGUAGCGGGGCUGAUGGGUGCACUCGGCACAGGCAGCGCUCUGGGCAUUGGGGGAAUCGUCGGGGCGCUGAACGGGGUCAUUCAGACACAGGCGGGCACCGGCAGUCCUCACCAGCACACAAGUGGAGCAGCUACGGGCAUCACGUUGCCGAUCAAUAACAAUGCUGCACAGCUCGGUCUGUUGUCGGAGCAUCACAGACUCCUCCUCCAGCAGCAUCAUCUCCAGCAGCUGCUGUCCUCGCAGCCUUCAGCGGAGCAGCAGCAGGUGCUGCUCUACCAACUGAUGCAGCAGCAGCAGGAACUCCAGCAGCUGCAGACCUUCUCCUCCUCUACGCAGAUUCCCUCCAUGCCGCUCUCCUCCGCUCAGGUUCCCAUCAACAACCUACUGCACGGCGGCCAGAACCAGAGCCAAGGCGCCAUCACGUCCAACCCCUUCCUGGCGAUGCAGCACGCACACACUGACACGCACGCUUCGGGGAUGCAGAAGCCGCGGCUCGCUGAAAAAGCCGUGGGCAUUGCAGGGCAGGAAAAGACAUGACGGCAGAUGUUCUGUCAUUUUUUUCUUUUAAACAAAUAUGCAGAGUUUUUUGGGGGGGGGAUAAGCCUGUUGGUCAACUUUGUUUUUCGGUGACAAGGACACUGGCAGAAAAUUCUGCUACUGGGUAGAUAAUUCUUUAGAACAGUCUGUGCUAACAAGUUAACACACACUGUGGUGAUUGAUUACAGAAGACAAAAGCAAGAAUUGCUUCUUUGUUUUUGUCUUUUUCCAUCACCAACUCAUUCUUUUUGCAACUUUGGUCAGGUUUUUACACAUAGAUUUUGUGUAAUUUUGUUUUAUUUAUUUCCAUCCAGUCUUAGAUUUCUUAGUUCGUAGCUGUAGCGCUGCUUCAGGUUCUUAUUUUCACUGCUGUGAUGAUGAUUUUCAUUUGAUAUCACUGAUAGCUAGUUUGUGUUAUAAGUGUGACCAGAGCACAGGGUGAUUUUUGUUCUCUCCUCAACAGGUGAGGUGUGGGAUGUGCUUCCACGGAACAUUUCCUUGAAUUAUUUCUCUUAACAUUUUCUUCACUUUUCGUUGUUUCUUUCUCUCGUUUCUCCCGUGUGGUGUCACUACUAUUUCACUCUCAGGGGCCUCAGCUCACCAGAGUCGUGCACUCAGCACACAAGCUAGCACACACAGAACUACAAAUAUACGAAAAGAAAGAAAGCAGAAAUACAUUAAUAUUUCAAACAAAAAAAAAACUACAAGUUCCUACUACAAAGACUUAACAGUAGCAGGUGAAUGUUUGACAUCUGUCUCACAGCAAGUCCCUUGGGGAAUAUUUGGUGAAAGGCUCCUGGGGGAAAAAAGAAAAGAAAUCCUAUAUGUUCUUGCCACUGCCUCUCUCUCCCCGUGGGUCUCCCUCCGUCUGUGUAGAUCCAUUAAUGUCAGUGAGCCAAGUCUUGUAUGGUCACCACAGAAGCCUUGCUUUACACUGUCUCCUCUCUGGCCCAGAAACAGGGGGCUCACUCAGGGAAUUGAAAUGGAAGAAAAGAGAAAUAUAGCAAGUUGAAUGUUCAAGAGGGAUGCAUCAAUCCACACAGCACACGCUUGCAAAGAAACGAUCGAGUUUGUUGUCAGCACAUGGAGAGUCGUCACAUUUCAUCCCCCUGAUUGAGCCCCCCGCUGCACCUACCUCUCAAGCAGAACCAGCCUAUCAGGACCUAAAAUAUGAGGCCGACGUCAGCGGCCGCCUCACGACCCCUCAGCAGUCAGGACUGGCCAUUCAGGGUCAAAGCCCAAGUGCCUGAGGCCAAGGCGGGAGUUAUUUCCCCCCUUUUUUCUUUUUUACCUAUUUCCCUGUCACUCAGCCCAAAUCUUCAAAAACCCUGUCCGAUUAAGCUGCGUAGCUUCGCAACAGAUGACAGAAACACUCUUUUUAAUGAAACCAGGAACGAUGAUGAUUCUGCUGCAUUCUCUUCUAUCAAAGCCAACUUGAAUUGUGCUUUUUAUUUAUUUGGAGUUUGUUUGUGUAAUGGGCGUAAGAUGAAAUAUUUUAAAAGCCCGCUGGUGUUGCAGUUAAACAUCAUUUUGUACUACUGUGUAAAGUUUUGUCUUCUGUUUGUUAUUUUCUUCGUACAGUCAGAUGUUGCUGUAAACUCUUUUUAAUGAUUCUUCUGUGUCUUGUGUUUGAAAGCUAGAAGUUACUUGAUAGCUGGCUGAUAGGGACGAGGGGGUGUGGUUGUACAGAGCGGUUUGUUUGGGUGGGAUCGGUGGGUGGAAACGUGUCAGGGGACAUUCAGUGGCACAGUUUUUACCUCGUUAAGUGUACAUAGAACCUUUCUCAUUGGCCGUUGAUGUGUACAUAUGUGAUUGUGAUUGGCCGCGCUGGUGUGAAGGAAAGCCAAUGAAGCCUCAGUUUGUGUGUGUAGAUCUUUAGGACCAGACAAAAAAAAAAUAAGGUUGGCAGUGACUGGACACACAAAGUAUUAAUUUAUUUUUAUAUGUGCAGGGACAUUAUGUUUGUUUUUGUUUUUUUUGCACCAUUUUAUUGAUGAGAAAUUCAUUUUAUAUGCUGGGCACCGUGUUUUCAUCUGUGCACAUAUUUGUUUUGAUCAGUUUUGUACAAAUGAAAGAUAAAAAAAUAAAAAUCGGAGGGGGGGAGGGGUGACAUUGUAUUUCAAAAUACCAAAAUAAACACUCUGGAUAAAGUAACAGAAAAGCUCCAAUU